GGUGGCGUGUCCGAUCUAUUGUGACCAACUUUCUAAUCCAUUGUUCGAACGGCGACUUUACAAUAUCCAUCUUGUGUUUUUAUAUAUAUAUCCUACGGAGAACGCACAUGUCGCACUUGUCGGGACGACGGCGUGGCGAGGAGAACAGCGUGGUCGACAAAGCAGCAGCGCUCUCGCGGCGACGACCGUGACGUUGUGGAGAGUGAACCGCUCAUUUGGGCGCCAGAUCAGCUGACCGAGGAGGAAGCCCGCUGGGAGGAGAGCGACGACGAAGAGUGCGGCGACUCUCCCGAGGUCGGUUAUUCGGCGCCGGGAGUGCCAGGAACACGGAGGCAGCAGCAGCGGUCCCGCGAGCAGCAGCACCAUUGGCAGCGGCUGUUUCGGCUCCCGCGUGACGUUCCCGAGCCGGUCGGCGGACGCGGAUUGGCUUCUGGCGCGGGGCACGUGGCACGCGGCGGCAGCGGGCACGACGAAGCGCGGGAAGCGGCGGCCGUCGGCAGCAGCAGCAGCAGCCAGUUCCAUCGAUCGGCGGCCGGGAGCCGGGACGGGCCCGUUACCGGCGCAGCAACCACCGGCGUCGAAGACGACGGCACGCGAGACGGCCUACAGGAGCCCAGCCGCAGCAGCAGCCGAAGGCGCCGCGCGGGGGGCCCGCCUCUGUCCAUGAGUCCCAGCAGCACCGAGUACCUGGACAUGGACAAGAGCGACGACGUCUCGCACAAGAACCGCGGCCUGUUCGUGUCGCACAAAUGCAUCGCCGUGUGCGUCAUCCUGGUUGUGGCGGCACUCGCCAUCGUCGGCAUCUCUACUAAACUGCUCACGGAAAGGGCCGAUCAGGGCCCGGCGAGCGGUGCCGAGCCGAUCAAGCCCGUGCCCUCCCCUCCCAAGAACGUGCGCCUUCCGCGGUCGCUGGUGCCGGUCCACUAUGACGUCGAGCUGACGCCUAGACUAGAUGGGAACUUCACCUUCAACGGAUCGGUGGCGAUCCUCGUGCACUGCGCGACAGAGACGUCGAACGUGACAUUGCACAUCAAGGACCUAAACGUGUCGGACGUGUCGGUGAACGAUGCGGCCUCCGCCGGCGGCUCCCGCGUGGAGCACGACAGGUACGACGAGGACAAGCGCCUCCAGUUCCUCGUUAUCAAGCUGAAGAGGCCGCUCAACGCGGGAUCCAACUAUACCAUCAGGAUGAACUUUGUCGGCCACCUGAAUGACGAUCUCGCGGGAUUCUACCGGAGCUCGUACGUGGACGCCUCGGGACACAAGAGGUGGCUGGCGGCGACGCAAUUCCAGGCGACGGACGCCCGUCGGGCGUUCCCGUGCUUCGAUGAGCCGGCCAUGAAAGCCACCUUCGCCGUCACCAUCGUGCGGCCGGCCGGCAUGAACGCGCUCUCCAACAUGCCCAUCAGCUCCACGACGGACAGGCCUGGCGGAUUACAGGCGGAUGCUUUCCAGACUACUGUGCGCAUGUCUACUUACUUGCUGGCUUUCGUAGUGAGCGAUUUCGAGUCGCGGGGUGACUCCAAGUUCAGGGUGUGGGCCCGGCCGAAUGCCAUCUCAGCCGUGGAAUAUUCGCUAUCAAUUGGUCCGAAGAUCCUAGAAUUCUACGAGAAAUACUUUUCGGAAAAGUAUCCACUCCCAAAGACUGACAUGGUCGCACUGCCGGACUUUAACGCUGGCGCCAUGGAGAAUUGGGGACUGGUCACCUUCCGAGAGACGGCGCUGCUCUUCAACCCGAACGAGUCGUCGGCCGGGAACAAGCAGCGUGUCGCCGUCGUCGUCUCGCACGAGCUCGCACAUCAGUGGUUCGGCAACUUGGUUACCAUGGAGUGGUGGGACGACCUGUGGCUCAAUGAAGGCUUCGCUACCUACGUUGAGUAUCUGGGCGUGGAUUUCGUGCACAAGGACUGGGAGAUGGCGCAACAGUUCAUCGCCGAUGAAAUGCAGCCAGUCAUGGAGCUUGACUCCCUCAAGUCGUCGCACCCUGUUUCGGUUCCAGUUUACAACCCUGACGAAAUCAUUGAAAACUUUGACAAGAUCUCCUACGGAAAGGGAGCAUCUAUAAUUCGCAUGAUGAAUUUCUUCCUCACAGAACCAGUCUUCAGGAAAGGUGUAUCGACCUACCUGAAGAAACGGUCUUUCAACAACGCUCGCCAGGACGACCUUUGGAAGGAGCUCACCAUGGCUCAAGGUGAAGGCAAUCGCGUUGACGUGAAGGCUGUGAUGGAUUCGUGGACUCUCCAGACGGGCUACCCGGUCAUCACUGUCGAAAGGUCGUACGAGAGCGGCACUGCAAAAAUUUCGCAACAGCGCUUCUUGGUCGACGGCAGCACGGACAACCAGACGCUGUGGAAAAUACCCUUCACCUACACUGACGCCAGGAGUCCCGACUGGAAUGCCACAGAACCCAAGCUGUGGUUUACCAACAAAACAGCCGUUAUCACGGACCUGCCAACAUCGAGGUCGGAGUGGUUCAUUGCGAACGUUCAGCAAGUGGGAUUCUACAAGGUCAACUACGAUGAACAAAACUGGAAGCUUCUAAUUAAGCAGCUCAUGGAAAGACAUACGGACAUUCACGUCAUUAACAGGGCGCAACUUUUGGACGACAUUUUGGACCUGGCAAGGGCUGGCACCGUGGAUUAUGGUCUGGCUCUGGAUGCGACGCAGUACCUGGCUAAGGAAGAGUCGUACAUCGCCUGGAGUCCCAUCUCCGCGAACCUCGGCUUUAUCAGCCGCAUGCUGGAGACCACCGAAGUCUACGGAAAGUGGAAGAAAUACCUGCUCAGCCUAGUGAAGCCGAACUACGACCGCCUCACUUGGAACGAGGAGGAAGGGGAAUCCAUUCUGACGACGUUCCUUCGCACUGAUGUGUACGCGACGGCGUGCACAUUGGGCCACGAGGACUGUGUCAAGGAAGCACUCAACUACUUCCGCACUUGGAGAGACAGCAAGGCGGAGAAAAGCCCCAUCAAACCCAACUUCCGUUCGUUUGUGUACUGCACGGCCAUCGCGAACGGUAACUACGACGACUGGCUGUUCAUGUGGGACAUGUACAACAAGACUUCCGUGGCCUCGGAGAAAGUGAAGCAGCUGCAAAGCUUGGCCUGUUCCAGGGAACCAUGGGUCCUCAGCAGUUUCCUGAUGAAGACAAUCACGCCCGACUCCGGCGUUCGCCGGCAGGACGGCGCGGCGGUCAUCAGCGCAGUCGCUUCCACUGUUUUCGGCCGCAGCCUCCUCUUCAACUUCCUGCUCGAGAACUGGGAAGCCAUCUACAAGACCUACUCAGCUGGUGCAUUCUCACUUCCUCGUAUCUUCGGUUCAGCCAGUGGCUCGAUCCAUUCUCACUUCCAGAUGGAGAUGUUGGGCGUGUUCUACGAGAAGCACAAGGAGACCGUGUCGGCUGUGGGCCGGACUUACAAGCAGACCGUCGAAAAGGCCCAGUCCAACAUACGCUGGAAGGAGAUGAACUACGCCCGGAUACGGGACUGGCUGAACGAGAAAAUAAAGUAGCCGCCCGGCCUCGCUUAGGCAUCCUAGGUUAUACCAAAUUGAUAAACCGAGAUGCGCUCUAUUUUGUUCUUUUGUUCCUGUACACUGUUUACUUCAUUCCUUGUGCCGAAUUAGCUGCAACUAAACGGAAGUCCUGUGUACAUCCGCUGAAUUAUCCUGUGGAAAUUCUUCCGGUUGUGUUUUCGGUUCCAGUUUGCGGUAGACGAUCGCGCGGGGUUGAGUAAUGUGACGUGGCGCAUGUUGUGCUUGAAUGUAUUGCUUGUCCUCCUCUUAUUUUUUACUGUGUGUACGAGUGUGUAAAUAAGCAGCAUCGGUCGCUGCCUAGAGCACGACCUUGGGAUUUUUGUGAGCACUGAAAAAAAAUGUUUAUCCGAUUUUAUUUCGAUUGACUAAAUGCAGUAAGCUAUUCUUCAGCUCAUUUUAUCGCACUUUUAUCCAUACGUCAAGUUGUGUGUGAUUUAGGAGUGCCUACCGGUUUCCUUUACACAUAUGCAGAAAAUUGGCGGUUGUAUGCGUUCUGGGUGAUGUCAGUUGUUUCCACAUCAUUCCCGGUCAAGUACCUUUGCUGAAAGGCUGCCGUAAAGGAAAAUCGACGGUCUUAGUAUUGCUUUGACGAGAUGUGAAACGUCUGUCCACAGUGCAGUUCCUCUCACGUGCAUCUUUGUCUUAGGUGACUGCUGAUAAGUGACGGUCACAAGUGAAGUAUCGGUUGGUCACACCUUGCUGCAUGCAGACGUGACGGUAGCACGGUUGUCACUUACUGGCUCGUUUUGAGUUUUAUGUUUGGAGACCUGGGGUACACUCUUCUUGCACUGUGUGACGUUUAUUUAGCAGUGGACUCUGUUCGCGGAUAUAUAUUUUUAGAACAACGAAUAAAAGCGCACUAAAUGUUUAAGUACGCUUGUUUUACACUGCAAAGCUACGAACACGCAAUGUGCUUUAGUCACCGUUUGUUGCACCUUCUCGAAUUUGUGGCCUGCAGUGUCGUUUUGUUUUCUUGAAAGACUUUGGUAUUGAUGAGGUGUCUGAUACUCCUCUUUUCUUAUGUCCGUCAGGUGUGCAUGGAUAUUAACUGAACUCGCGCGUGAUAUCCAAGUUGCAACGCAUUUAACUGCUUUGCCAAGCCAGUAAUAUAAGUAUGCUUUAUCUUACGACGACCUUGUACAAACAUUCUGUAAUAUAGACCUUGCAAGGCUGGUUCGCGCGUUUUUGGCGUAAGUUGUGUGAGUACGAUAAUUUGCUGCUAGCACUUGUUUGAGCAAUGUGAAAUACGCGCACUGCUACUCCGUUGCAUUAAUGACAUCGCGUCUCAUUUGUAAAUGACUUGCACGUGAUGUAACCGACGCCAUAUAUACCGAGCACCACGAACGACUCUCAGUGCGUCGUUGGGGAUACGCUGAUUUGGGUAACGAGGGUUGUUUUGCGCUGGUUUUGCUCCUAGCAGGGCUUCGAUGGCUACGAUCACGUUCGUGCAAGCCAUUCAUGUAGGUUUCACUCUGCACUCGCUGGUAAACUCUAUAUACUUCUUGCUCGGAGUUGUUUCCAGUGUGUGUUAUCUCUCAAGCUCCGAAAUAUUACGUUGUUUUGAACCUCUGCACAUAUCACUCUCAAAGAUAAUUUUGAAAGCAUGGUGUCGCGAUUUAGUCGGCUCUUGAAUGUAUACUUUUGUGAACGACCUGCUAUUGAUACGUGGCAUAGUUGCUUUCGCGAGUGUGCGGGCGAGAGACGAAACGAAAGUGAAAGUCAUGCCUCACCUGCUGGGUUGCUAUUUGUCAUGUGUAUCAUCCCACAACAUUUUGUCGUGUAAACUUACUGUAAAUAAAGGCGAUAAG